AUGUCCUCCCCAAAGUCCAUAGGCCCCAUCCGGAAAGCAUGGUAUAACUGGAAAGCCCUCCGCCUCCCCUGGCGCAAGCGCUUCCUCGUCGGCCUCGACCUCAACGGCAACACCUUCUGGGAGUUCCGCGACGUCCGCGGCGCCGAGGCCGCCCCGGGCACCCCGCAGCGCUGGCGCCGCAUCGUCCAGUACCCGCGCUCGACGCACUACGCCGACGUCAAGGUCUCGCCCCAGUGGCACUCGUGGCUGCGCCACACGCGCGCCGACCCGCCCUCCCUCGACGAGCAGGCCCGCGACCUCGCCCGCCAGGCCCAGAUGCGCCGCCUCGCCGCCGAGGCCGACGCCCGCUGGGCCGCCAAGCCGGGCGUCAUGGACGCGCCGGCGGCGGCGGGUCUACAACAAAUACAACAGCAGCAAGAGAGCGGCGCAGGAGAAGGGCCGGAAGGAGGUGAGGGUCAGCGGACGACGGCGGCAGCCCCAAUGGGGGAUGGUACGAGGCCACAGGCGGGAGACGAUGGGACGGCAGGCAAGCGAGGUCCAGAAACGCCGGAUCCGUGGAAGACGGCCAGCAAAGGCGGGCCGAGCGAGGAGUGGCAGCCGCAGUCGUGGACGCCCACUGCAAAACGGUGA